CUGCUGUGUGGCUCCUCGCUCCGGCCUCAACCAGCCCCAGCGCGCCGAACAACACACGGAGGCUUUGGAUCUGUUUACCCCUCAAAUCUGCCUUUUUACACCCGGACAUGGAUUUUACGAUCCCGCCACGCGUGAGUGGAUUAUAAAGCCACGGGAUUUCAGAGAAUGAAGAUGCCUGAGGCUGGGAGUUAGAGCCCUCCACCAGAGAGAGGCUGUUCCAGGGUUGGGGCUGGACCCAGAGACCCCUGCCAGGGGCAGGGUGAAGGGCCCUCACAGCCCUACGUGAGCCUGGACCAUGGGGGAUGGAGGCGCCGGUGCAGCCGGAGGAGACGGGGUGAACCUGUCCCACGUCCUGUUCGACAAAUUCGUCCAGGCGACCACAUGUAAGGGCACGCUCAAGGCCUUCCAGGAUCUCUGUGACCACCUGGAGGUCAAGCCCACUGAGUACAGGGUCUUCUACCACAAGCUCAAGUCCAAACUCAACUACUGGAAGGCCAAGGCGCUGUGGGCCAAGCUCGACAAGAGAGCCAGCCACAAGGAGUACAAGAAGGGCCGUGCCUGUGCCAACUCAAAGUGUCUGAUCAUCGGUGCGGGGCCAUGCGGCCUGCGUACAGCCAUCGAGUUGGCCUUCCUGGGGGCCAAAGUGGUGCUUCUGGAGAAGAGAGAUGCCUUCUCCAGGAACAACGUGCUGCACCUCUGGCCUUUCACCAUCCAGGACCUCAGGGGCCUCGGGGCCAAGAAGUUCUACGGGAAGUUCUGCGCUGGUGCUAUCGAUCAUAUCAGUAUUCGUCAGCUGCAGCUAAUGCUGCUGAAAGUGGCUCUCCUGCUGGGCAUCGAGAUCCACGUCAACGUAGAGUUCAAGGGUCUCAUCGAGCCCCCCGAAGACCAAGAGAGUGAAAGGAUCGGCUGGAGGGCUGAGGUCCACCCCAGGACACACCCUGCCAGCGAGCUGGAGUUUGAUGUCAUCAUUGGAGCAGACGGAAGGAGGAACACGCUUCCAGGGUUUCGACGCAAGGAGUUCCGAGGCAAACUGGCCAUCGCCAUCACGGCUAACUUCAUCAACAGGAACACGACGGCGGAGGCGAAGGUGGAGGAGAUCAGCGGCGUGGCCUUCAUCUUCAAUCAGAAGUUCUUUCAGGACCUCAGAGAAGCAACAGGUAUUGACCUGGAAAACAUCGUCUACUACAAGGAUGACACGCAUUACUUUGUGAUGACUGCCAAAAAACAGAGCCUGCUGGAGAAAGGAGUCAUUCUGCAUGACUACGCGGACACGGAGCUGCUGCUGUCCAGAGGUAACGUAGACCAGGCCGCCUUGCUGUCUUAUGCACGAGAGGCUGCAGAUUUCUCCACCAACCACCAGCUCCCCACGCUGGACUUCGCCAUCAACCACUACGGCCAGCCCGACGUCGCCAUGUUCGACUUCACCUGCAUGUACGCCUCAGAGAACGCCGCCAUGGUGCGCCAACGCAACGGCCACAAGCUGCUGGUGGCGCUGGUGGGCGACAGCCUGCUGGAGCCCUUCUGGCCGAUGGGCACUGGCAUCGCACGAGGUUUCCUGGCAGCCAUGGACUCGGGCUGGAUGGUGAAGAGCUGGGCCCAGGGAAAAAGCCCUCUGGAGGUGCUGGCUGAGAGGGAGAGCAUUUACCGUCUUCUGCCUCAGACCACACCGGAAAACGUCAGCAAGAACUUCAGUCAGUACAGCGUGGACCCGACCACACGCUACCCCAACAUCAGCCUUAACUUCCUCAAGCCCAGUCAGAUGCGGCACCUCUGCGACACGGGCGAGUGCCGGGAGAUCCGCAUCGAGAUCGAGAACGUGAUCAACUCGUCGACGCCCAAGCUGGCCAGGAAUGACAAUUGCCUGCUUGACAAGCAGUUGCAAGAAUCCAUAGCUCGAUCCAGUAAGCUGCUCAACUGGUGCCAGAGACAAACGGAGGGAUACAGGAAUGUCAAUGUAUCGGACCUCACCAUGUCCUGGAAGAGCGGCCUGGCGCUGUGCGCCCUCAUUCACCGAUACAGACCCGAUCUCAUUGACUUCGACUCUCUGGACGAGCGAGACCAGGAGAAGAACAACCAGUUGGGCUUCGACGUGGCGGAGAGGGAGUUUGGGAUCUCGCCAUGCAUGACUGGCAAGGAGAUGUCUUCUGUAGUGGAGCCAGACAAGCUCUCUAUGGUCAUGUACCUCAGCCAGUUUUACGAGAUGUUUAAGGACACAGUGCCACCUGGAGAUAACCACAACCUGAGUCCAGAGGAGAAGGCUGCACUGAUCGCCAGCACCAAGUCUCCCAUCUCCUUCCUCAGCAAGCUGGGCCAGAGCAUAGCCAUCUCCAGGAAGAGGAACCCCAAGGACAAAAAAGAGAAGGAUGUGGACGGUUUGGGGAAGAGGAGGAAAACCAGCCAGUCUGAGGAGGAGGAGAUGUCCCGGUCCGGCCGUGACGACAGGCCAUCUGUCCCCUCCGUCCUGACCGAGAGGAAGAUGGACUCUGCUGCUGUGGGGAACCACAACAAAGUGAAGGUCAUGGCCACCCAGCUGCUCGCCAAGUUCGAGGAGAACGCUCCGGCCCAGCCCACGGGACUCAAAAGACAGGGGGAAUCUCUGCCCAAUUUGGACCGCCUUUUGCCCCUUACCCCACCACAAACCCCUGUGAAUGAGCCAGUGCGCCUGGCACCUGUCCCAGCCUGGAGAAAGGCCAGAAGUGGUGCAGACCAACUGUCCAGCUCGGGCUCUCGGAGCUGCCCAAAGAAAACCAUUCUGCUCCCUUCUUCCUCCUCCACUUCCUCGCUCUCUCUUCACUCCGAGCGCGUACGUAAAAGUCCGGACGAAGAGGAACUUGAACACUACGAGAGGCCGCAGACACACGGGGCGUGGAUGCCGCUGCACCUCGCUGACCCGGGACCCAUUCACAUUCCUGGUAUUCAGGAGCGGGCCGAGCGCCUGAUCUCCAGGUUUAAGGGCAAAGCGGACAAGCCGCCCAAGGUGAACGCCCAUGCAUGGACUUGUUGUGAGAACUGGGCUUGCUGUUGUGCCAUUUAUCGGGCCUAUUGGUGUAUGAGUCUAACCCCCUCCUCUCAACCAUUCCUCUCCCUCCUGAAGCCGAAGAAAAAGCCGUCCCGUUUCUUUUUAGAGCAGUGGCACUUGUCCCGAGACCUGGCUGUCAGUCCCGGUUCACCGCCGUCCCGUCACCACUCAGAGGAAUCGGCGAGGCCUCUGGAAUCCGAAGGCCAGACGCCCAUAUACGUGCUUAGCAUUCAGGAGAGGGCCGAGCAGCUCGCCUCUCAGUUUGAGGGCAAGCCGGCCGGACCGCAGCCGAAGAAAAAGCCGUCCCGUUUUUUUAUGGAUCAGUGGCACCAGGCCCGAGCCCACAGCCCCCCCGACUCUCCCCCUUCCACCUCUGACACCUUCAGACAGCGCUAUGUGAGGAUGUACACGGGGGGAGUUAGCUCAUUGGCUGAGCAGAUAGCCAAUCAGCUUCAGUCUCAGGAAGAUCCCAAGCCCCCACAUGUACCUGAAAAGAGGGAUUUGGGCUCGCUCAGGAAAGAGUUCCCCGUCAACAUCGGAGGCAGCGACGUUUGCUUCUUCUGUCGAAAGCGCGUCUACGUGAUGGAGAGGCUGAGCGCGGAGGGGAAGUUCUUCCACCGCAGCUGCUUCAAGUGCGACUACUGCGGCACGACGCUACGCCUGUCCUCGUACGCCUUCGACGUGGAGGAUGGGAAGUUUUACUGCAAGCCCCACUACUGUUACCGUCUGUCCGGCUAUGCUCAGAGGAAGAGGCCGGCUCCCUCCCCUGCUCCCAUCACAGCUAAGGAGAACCAGAUGCCCCAAACUCCCACGACGACCGUAGAUGCCCCCGGACGGGCGAUGGCGGCGGCAGCCCCCUCGGCCGAGCUCCAACCCUCAGUACCGGAGGUCAACGGCCUGCAGGAGCCGAGCCUGGCCAAACGCCUGCGGGGGACGCCGGAGCGCAUCGAGCUGGAGAACUACCGCCUGUCCCUGCAGAGGGAGGAGGAGCUGGAGGAGGUGCCCGAGGAGACGCUGGCGGAGCACAACCUGAGCAGCGUGCUGGACAAGGUCACAGAUGCUGACCUGGGUUCCAGUAGCUCAGAGUCCGACAUGGAGGAGGAGGACGAGCAGGAGGAUCAGGAGGAGGUGGAGGUGGAGGAGCACCUUCCCAGCCCCUCGGACCUCGGCGGCGUCCCCUGGAAGGAGGCGGUGGAGCUCCACGCCAAGCUCCGGGGCGAGGAGGGCGAGGAGGGCGAGGCUCAGGCUGACGCCGUCAGCAGAGACGGGGAGUUAGACGAGGAAGAGGAGGAGGACGAGGAGGAGGAAGAGGAGGAUGAGGAUGAAGAGGAGGAGUCUAGCGAUGAGGGCGAUUACUGCCCCUGGGACAGAGAGCUCCAGUCAGGCCUCUGGCUGGACAAGUUCCUCACAGACGAAGAGGAUGUUGGUACUUUUAAAGCCAGGAACCUGCAGAUCCAACAAGUCCUGCAGCCUGUGGAUCCACACGCCAUUCCAGGUUUGGUGAGACCUCACCUGGACUCUGGGGGAGAUAAGGAUGGCCAGCUGGCCUCGGCCUCCCAACUCUCCCAUCCCUCUGAGCUCACGCUGCCCUCCUCCACAGCCGCUGCCCACACAUCCGCCCGACACGAGGCAGUGAGAGUCUGGUUGGAGUCCCUGUCUGGAGAGCCGUGUGAAGACGAAGAGCUGGAAGCAGAAGCAGACAGUCCAGAUGUGGAGCCGGGUACGGAGAUGGAUCAGGAUGACAUCCCCUCAGACGCCGAAGCUGAGGCACGCUUGCACCCGUCAGAGAACCACGAAGCUCCACACGAGGAAGACAAGAAAUCAGACAGUCUGGGAAUGGCCUCCAGUGUUGAACCAUCCAGCAUCAGCCCCGUGCAGAAGGAAGACAUUGUUCUUUCUCCGCUCCAACCCUCCCCGGAGCCUGAAAAACAGAUAACUCCACUGAAGUCUCCCGGCACCCGCUUCUUCACAGAUCCGUUUAUACCCGAGGAGACGAAGCCCGAGAAGACGGCUCCAUCUCCUGUCGCCAGGAGCCCACUUUCCCCAUUACCUGCAUCUGUCCAGAGUCCUGCUUCUGUUCCUUCUCCUACUCUUGCUGCUUCUCCCGUCAGCGUCGCUGCCUCACCCUCACCUCAUCCUGCCUCACCUCAUCCUGCCUCACCUCUUCCAGCCUCACCUCUUCCAGCCUCACCCGUCAAGUCACCCGUUGCCUCUCCGCUCCAGCCAGCCAACGAGUCACCUGCCAGAUCUCCAGUCAAGUCACCGGUUAGCUCACCAAUCCGCUCCCAGCCCACCUCCCUGCCGGAGACACGUGCACCGAGAUCUCCGGUCUUCCCCCACCGCUCCAUCUGCCCUCUGACAGGAAACCCCCUCUCCCCGAUCUGCGCCCAGCCUCUGCCCUGCCACGAACCCUCGUCGCCUCUCACCUCCGAUUCUCCCGUCAGAACUCAGCCCGUCCCCGCGGUCACUUCCACGCCCAUGACCAAAACGGACAAAACCACGCCCGAGUCUUCAAGAUCUGAAGAUUCCUCGACAGAGGAAACGCCGUCUAAGAAGACAGACAUCAUCGAGGAGUUCUGGCUGAAGAGCGCUGAGAUCAGAAAGAGCCUGGGCCUCUCUCCUCUGGACCGCAGCAGUAAACUCUUAGAGAAGAGCGUCGUUAAAACUCCGCCGCAGGACUCGGCACCUGCCAAGACGCAGUCGGCGCCCGACGUGUCCGAGGAACCGAAGCCUGCGUUCGCCGGCCGAGCUGUCAUUCGCAGAAUCAACAUCACUCUGGAGGGUCAGGUUAUCACUCCUCUGGUUCCCGUGGAGGCCAAGAGUGACGGCUCCGAUAAGAGGGACGUCAGCAGCAGCUCGGGCUUGGGCUUGAAUGGAAGCCUGGCCACCAGCCAGACAGUCAACAGUGACAGCUACAACACGUCUGACUCCACCAUGCUCACCCCGCCCUCCAGCCCGCCGCCGCCUGUGCCUGCUAAUCAGUCUCCGGCCGUGCUCCGGCAGCAGAGACACCAGGUGUCCUGGAGCAACGGGACGGACAAACCUCCACCUGAGCGUGCCAAAGAGCCGGCAAAAACCAAAACUCCCGUUCCCACGCCCAGGACCCAGCUGAGCCCCGUGUCUGCGCCCAAACCUGCACCCAGGAAGGUCUCCUCUCCUCAGGCCACGCCGGAAACUACUCCGGUGGUCGUCAUGAGAGAAAAGAAGAAGCCUCGGCCGCAGGAGGUGAGGAAGUCGUUUGUGGAGACGGUGGAGGAGAUCCCGUUUGCCGACGACGUGGAGGAGGCGUAUGACGAGCGGACGCCAGAAACGAGCAUGAACAAGUAUUACACGCCGCCGACCAGCAAGCCCAGCAAGGAGAGACCUCCCCUGCAUCUGGCGCUAGCGAUGGAAAACGGUAAACCCAAUAUCCCAGCCAACCCAGCCGCUAAGACCCAGAGGGCAACUCAAUUCUCUCCAGAGGCUAAGGAGAUUGCUGAGGAGAGAAUAAGGGCCAGAGAGAAGUCUGUGAAGAGCCAGGCUCUGAAAGACGCCAUGGCCAAGCAGCUGCACAAAAUGAAAGAGUCAGACGUAGACAAGGGUGCCUCACCUAAAGUGGCCUGGAGCGUGACCCCAGACUCAGCCGCAAAAAGCAAGAAGUCCGCCGGAUCUCCAAAGACGUCCGCCGUGAAGGCUUUGGAGUCAAAGAAGGGAGAGACUCUGCCCGAGAGAUUCUUCAGCAGCAACAAGAGCCUGGACAGCUCGGUGGCCUCGUCGGACGGCUCCACCGUGAGUAAGAGCAAGAAACGGAGCUCCCUCUUCUCGCCACGCAAGAACAAGAAGGAGAAGAAGGCCAAGAACGACAGCAGCAGGGUCUCAGGCACUGACGAGACGCCGCCCAAGCACAAGUCUCUGUGGAAGGCUGUGUUCUCAGGGUACAAGAAGGACAAGAAGAAGAAGGACGAUAAGUCGUGUCCGAGCACGCCGUCGUCCAGCUCCACCACUCAGGACUCCGCCAAGAAGAAAACGUCGCCUGUCGGGAGAUCUUCAGCAGACUUGAAAUCACGCCGAAACCUGAGCUUCUCGGAGGACUCGGACCUGUCCUGCGAUGACGUUCUGGAGAGAUCCUCCCAGAAGUCGAAGGCAGAUCGGCACAUGGACAUCUUUGACUUAGUGUCAGGCAUGCAGAAGGAGGCGAUAAAGGAGGAGAAGGUGGAGAAGGAGAGAAGGAGGGAGUUGAAGGAGAGAAAGAGGGUGAAAGAGAGGCAUAAGGAGAGGGAGCGUGAAAAGGAGGUUGAGCGAGAGAAGGAGAAAGACGAAGAGGAGUCUGUGUAUGUCCCUCACGCACUGGCGUUCAAGAGAUCGUAUGCCACAAAGAAAACCUACACGGAGGAAGAGCUGAAUGCCAAGCUGACGCGCCGAGUCCAGAAAGCUGCACGGCGACAAGCCAAGCAGGAGGAACUCAAGCGGCUGCACAGAGCUCAGAUCAUCCAGAGACAGUUGGAGCAGGUGGAGGAGAAGCAGAGGCAGCUGGAGGAGAGGGGCGUGGCUGUGGAGAAAGCUCUGAGAGGAGAAGCAGACUAUUGGGGAGAUUCUAAUUACAGUGAAAUCCUGGACUUGCAUCUGGGCGGUAUGGGCAAGAAGGACGACCCCAAGCUGAUGCAGGAGUGGUUCAAGCUGGUGCAGGAGAAGAACGCCCUGGUCCGCUAUGAGUCAGAACUCAUGAUAUUUGCCAGAGAGCUGGAGCUGGAGGACCGACAGAGCCGACUGCAGCAGGAGCUCCGGGAGAGGAUGGCUGUGGAAGAUCACCUGAAAACCGAGAAGGAGCUGGCUCAGGAGAAGCAGAUCCUGAACGAGAUGCUGGAGGUGGUGGAGCAGCGCGACGCCCUGGUGGCCCUCCUGGAGGAGCAGAGGCUCCGGGAGAAGGAGGAGGACAAAGACCUGGAGGCUGUCAUGCUCUCCAAAGGAUUCAACCUCAACUGGGCCUAACGGGAGGGAAAUAAUUGCUCGUCAAGUUUUUGGGGUUUUCAGCUUGUCAGACGGUCAUCUCUGCAUUUGAUUAGUCUGCUGAACACUGACACAGGCGGUCGGUCUGUCACACCUACAGCAGUGAAUGUGUAAAGACUCCCCCUAACACAACACACACACUCACACACACACACACACACACACACACACACACACACACUCACUAGGGCUGCCUCUGACAUUGAAGCAGUCUGCAGCGUUUACAUAUCUUCUGCCCAAAGGCAGUCCGAGUUAAUCACUCUGCAGUUUUUGCUCUCUCUCUCUCUCUGUGGGUGGAGAGGCGAGUGUAUUCACAACUUUAUCAUCCCAGCCUUGAAGUGGAUCCUCUCAUGCCAGAGGAGGAGGAGGAGGAGGGAGGAGGUGGUGGUGGUGGUGGUGGUGGGGGGCCUUUGGGAGAAUGUUUAAAGACUCUCGAUUAUUUAAAGGGAAGAAUGCAGUUCGGUCCUGCUGAUGUAAAGGAAAUUGUAAAAAAGAAGAAGUGUUUUUGUGUAUAGUUGUGUAGAACAUGUGACGUUCUGAGCAGACGAGGGUCGCCGGUCUCCCGCUAAGGAAGCGACGGAGGUGCGUUUAAAGGCUGCGGCGAUGUCUCCAGGCUCGGGCUUUCAGUCUGCGACUGCAGGACGGACAUCCUCUGAAGCUGCCUUUCUUUUCUUUGACAAACUGACUUCAGCAUCCUAAUGAACCACAAACAGGCCAUGAAAGGCUCCUUUUUUCUCUGCCCCCCUCCCCCCCACAGAGCGGCUGGUGAGUCAACACUAAGAAUCCAUUAAAUAUGGCCAUGUUGGGUUUUUUUAAAUGUAUUUAUUAUCUUUGUUUGCUUUUAACAGAUAAGCAUUUUAUUUUUCUUUUGCAUUCACAGGAGAGUGCCCAGAAUCUCAUUAUCUUGCACUCGUGCAUAACUGCCGUGCACUCGUAGGCCGUUGCAUGUCAGGAACGAAGGCUGCAGGCACAUAGAAGAACUUUACAUCGUCUUUGGUAUUUAGGACGCAGAGCUACAAACUCGUUAUAUGAACAUUUAAGCAUUUCACCAUGAUGACGGGCCUCUCCGUGAGAUGCCGUUCACUGUACAUCACACUGACGUUUACAAACACCUGCUCAAUAUGGAUUCGGAUGGUUCUGGUGAACAGCACCGACGUAGUGCGGCUGUCCGAGAACUGUAUUAACAAUGUGAUUUAUUAAUGACUCUGACGUCAUUGUUGUUAACGGGAGAUCGUACGUCACACGUUUCGUGCCACAGGACUGUCUCUGUUUGUGAACAUGCUGCGAUAUCGGACAGCGUGAUCACGUCACCCUCCAACAAGAUGCCUUCUUUCAUUUUCAUUCUUAAGUUAUAUUUUGGUUUUUCUGACGUAUCCGUGUGUCCCACUGGAACUGGUUUUGUUUGAGUUUUUUUGUCCCCCCACACAAACAGCAUCGAUCAUCUGAAACAGGCCACUCAACCAAUGCAACGUGAGCGACUUGAAUCAAACUUUAUGGUUUAUCUGGUGAGCGGUUAAAUGUAAAAGCCGUGUUUUUUUUGUUUUUUUGGCUCUUAGAUUUGACUGUAAAAACUGUAAAAAUCCAAGCGGCCCUUGUUUUCCAGCACAGAAACACUAGCGGCUGUAUGUAUGACUUGGUAUGAGCUGUGAAUAAAAACACACAAAAACAAAGUUACACGAUUUUAAGGGUUGUUGUUUUAGAUGGUGUGUGCUCAGUUUGACAUGAUUGUAUUGAUAUUUAUUAACAUGUGUGCAAAUUGUAUUAUAUGUAAAGAAAAUGAAUCCUAAUUUUUAAAAAAAACAAAAACUGUUCUGUUGACACAUGACUUGUAAUGUAAAUGCUUCAUGUAGCUAAAAUACAUAGGGGUGUUGGAUGUAUGCUGAAAACAGCAAUAAAACAAUGCAGUUGUUCUUUUA